UCCACUCCCUCCCUCCCCCUCCAUCCAGCAGCUCCAUGUCCCUCUCAUGGUGGUUAUUAAAGGGAUAGUAAUCCAGCCAUAUUGUACGUUGGAGGAACCCGACCAUCAGGAUUUCUGAACCCACAAACAGCGGAGGGAGCGAGGCCUGGCUGCGCCCACAGACCGGGGACUGGCCUGGUUUUAGCUGGCCGACCUGGCCCUCUCAGGCCGCCGUACCUAGGCCCUGAAGCCUAACUCGAGUGAUCGCAGGGCUCCCGGAGAGCGAGGCCCAGCCGUCUGCCUUCCCCCCCGCAGGAGCCUCGGCUUCUCCCCAGCAGGCAGCCUGAACUCCACGGCCCAGCACCGGGAGAGGCCGGGGGCCGGCGGCGGCGUGUGCCCGGAGCCGGAUACCCGCGGCCCGGCUGCUCCCGAGCCCGCACCCUCCGCCUCAGCAGGGUCGGCCAUGUCGAAAAACUACGACGCGGUGGAAUUCCCGUUCUGCGAUGAGGUGUCCAAGUACGAGAGACUGGCCAAGAUCGGCCAGGGGACCUUCGGGGAAGUGUUUAAGGCAAAGCAUCGUCAAACUGGGAAGAAGGUGGCACUUAAAAAAGUACUGAUGGAAAAUGAGAAGGAAGGGUUUCCAAUCACAGCUUUGAGAGAAAUUAAGAUUCUACAGCUGCUGAAACAUGAGAAUGUGGUCAAUCUCAUUGAGAUCUGUAGAACGAAAGUUUCUCCCACAGCAAACCAAUACAACAGAUGCAAAGGCAGUAUUUUCCUGGUAUUUGAUUUCUGCGAGCACGAUCUGGCCGGCCUGCUGAGCAAUGCGCACGUCAAGUUCACCCUUUCCGAGAUCAAGAAAGUGAUGCAGAUGCUUCUGAACGGCCUGUAUUACAUUCACAGGAACAAGAUUUUGCAUAGAGACAUGAAAGCGGCAAAUGUGCUCAUUACAAGAGAUGGAGUCCUCAAACUUGCAGAUUUUGGCUUAGCGAGAGCAUUUAGCCUUGCUAAGAACAGCCAACCAAACCGUUACACAAACCGCGUGGUGACCCUUUGGUAUCGCCCUCCUGAGCUAUUAUUGGGAGAGCGUGAUUAUGGUCCCCCAAUUGACUUGUGGGGUGCAGGUUGCAUAAUGGCAGAAAUGUGGACAAGAAGCCCCAUCAUGCAGGGAAAUACAGAGCAACAUCAGCUGACACUCAUCAGUCAGCUAUGUGGGUCCAUUACACCAGAGGUCUGGCCCAAUGUUGACAAAUAUGAAUUAUACCAAAAGUUAGAACUCCCCAAAGGCCAGAAGAGGAAGGUGAAGGAGCGACUAAAGGCUUAUGUAAAAGACCCCUAUGCAUUGGAUCUUAUCGAUCGGCUGCUCGUCCUAGAUCCUGCACAGAGAAUAGACAGUGAUGAUGCACUCAACCACGACUUCUUUUGGUCCGAUCCAAUGCCUUCUGAUUUGAAGAACAUGCUCUCUACCCAUAACCAAUCUAUGUUUGAGUAUUUAGCACCUCCCAGACGAAGAGGUGGUCACAUGCCCCAGCAACCAGCAAAUCAGGGAAGGAACCCAACAGCUGCCACUAACCAAACAGAGUUUGACAGAGUAUUCUGAAGACAUUGUAGACUGUACCCACUCCAUCCUGUAUUUUAUUUUGUGCUUCCACAAAGAUAUAGAGGAAAGAAAAAUCCUUAAAUCACUGCCUUCAAUGCAGAAAUUUUGUUGUGCGGGAGGAAUACUCAUUUUAUUUUUCAAAUCACGUCAGAGACUUUGUGAUGGACAUUUUCGUCCGGUAUACUGAUCCUCCCUGGAUUGUUACUGAUGGGCAACUUCAUUCAAAUUCAAUAGAUGAGCACUUUUGCAAUUACUUUCUAAACAUUGGGAAACCCAUCUUUUGGCACUAUUAAGACAAAUCCUGCUUUCGAAAAGCGUUUGAUUUACCUUACCUAAAGAGGGGGGGGGGGAACCCUAAUUUUUAUUCCCCAUUUAUUAUAUACUUGAAUUAAACAAAUUGUGCUGUUCAGUUGUGGCGGGUGGAAUCUCACACUUUUAUAUUGCGUACCGGACGCAUGCUGUAUGUACAGUGCAUCGAUUAUGAAUUUCAAUGUUCUUUGUGCGUCGUUAUAUCUAUGCAUUUGAUACUAGACUGUAAAUUAAAUGGUUAUGCUUUCGUA